GCAAAUGGCCGGCGGCGGGAGGCGAGACAGGGAAGGUCCUCUGGCGGCCAGCUAGGCAAGCCGCACUGAAAGCAUCAUGAUACCGAAACCGCUCUCUCCUCAUUAAUGAAGUGAAAAGAGUAAAGAACUAAUCCUCCAAGAUGGACUAUCCUAAGGAAGUACAAGAAAAACUUGCUCAUUUGCGCUCCUAUGUUCCAUUCGUGGAGCGUAUGAUCUCCAAGCUAGAGGUGCGCUCCCAGCUGGUAGGUGCUAGUCAUGGACAACUUGAAAGACUUCAUGGCCUGCAUGGGUUUCUCACCAACCCAAUAACGAGAGUGCCAAGAAUGGAGAUGCUGGAGAAGAUGGAGGCUGUGAUACGUAGCAUGCAAGAUAAAGUCCACAGAGCACAAGGGAAACCAGCUGGAUCUAGUCCUGCUGCAGGAAACACCCGCUUUCCUCAAGAAACCAGUCAUCCACGAACAGGAAGUAGCUCAUCUGAUCCAAGAACAUCCACCAAACAGUCUUUUGGUCCUAGCCGGAGUUUUUCGAAUGUAGGACAAGUGAGCAGCCCACAAAGAACUCAUCAACAUUCACCAGUGGCUCGAUCAGGAUCAGCUGACUGGCAAAAUAAAAAGGACUUUGGUGGAAAAGGGGAAAAGCGAAGAGAAGGACAAAGUGAACGGCCCAGAGAAAGGGGACCAGAGCUAGUCAGAGAAGGCAGCUUUGAUAGAAAUAGACGAGAAUGUGAACGUGGUGAUCCAAGACAUGCUGAGAGAAGUAGAGAUCGGGGAAGUGAGCGGAGUCGGGAGAGAGAAUACGAGAGGAGUAGGUCGAGGGAGUAUGAACACAGACGAGAGAUGGACUCGCACAGGUCUCGAGAAAUGGAGAGAGGUUCAGACCGGGAUAGUAGAUUAAGAAUUUCUAGUGAGAAAGAAUUUGAGAGAAGACAAGGAAGCUCUAAGGAUAGAGAUUAUGAAAGAGACAGGAAUAGAGAUUUUGGUAGGAUUAGUAGUUCACAGGAAAGAAGUGAAUAUGGUAAGGAGAGAGACUAUCGCCGCAGGAGUCAAGAUUGUAGUAGUGGUGACAAAGACAGGAGACAGAUAGAGGGACGGAGCAUUGGAGAACAAGAAAAGACACAAAGCGAAGGGAAAAUGUCUUCAAGAUGGAGCAGUCUUCUUGAUCUCCCCAUGCCACCCCCAACAAUUUCCCAAGAUGCACCACAUUCUAGUGAUUCCAAGAACACUGGGGCUAUAAAUGAUGAAAAAUUCCAAAAUUCCAGGGAGAAGCUUCAGAGGUUAUUUGGUAUACAGGGAGAACCCUCUGGAACCAAAGAAAGGGAAGGAAAACCAACAGCACCAAAGUCUCGGGGAUGGCGAGAUGAAGUAAGAGCCAGAAAGGACAAUUUCCUUUCCCAGAGGUACACCCAGAGUUCUGGUGACAUUGAUGAGAGAGUAGACAUUCAUUCUCAGAGACACAAGUUACCACCACCAAGAGAACCUCCUUGGGAAGCUUCUCACCACAACACAGCCAUGGCUUUCCCUAACACUAAGACUUCAGAACCAAGAGAACACUCAGAACAGUGGAAAUCUGGAACUGUGAACAAAAGCACUGAAAGUAAUCCUGCAAAAGGUGAGAACUUUGAAUCAGCAAGGGAUACACCUCUAUCACCUGAUCAGUCUCCAGUUCGUCAGUUUGACUCACUGGACACACCCAUGUCCCCUGAUGCAGAGGCAUCUUUCAGCCCUAUCGUUUCCUCAGAAGAAUGCACGCCAGUAAAAACCAUUCCUCUGGAAAAUGUCCAGCAGAAAGGAGUAGAUCUCGAAGCAAUAAAGAAAGCUUUGGCUCAAAUCCGGGCAAAUGAAAAGAAAUCUGAAGGCAGUCAAGGCCCAUCAUAUCGAUAUGAAGACUUCGUUGGUCCUGCUUCAAGUUCCAAACCAGACGAAGAUGAGCCGUAUGAUCCAGAGGAGGUAUGGAAUAAUCAAGCACACAGAAUGUCUGUAGCAGAUAAAUCUGGGCAUCCCAUAAUAUCCAAAUCUGGAGAUACUGAUUUGCGUUCAGUACCAAAGGAUGUGACCUCACUACCUCAGAAUUAUCAAGGUAAAGUGCAGCCUGGAAAAGUUGGGUUUCCUGGUUCUGUAGCAUUUGGUAAAGAGGAAGCUCACAGCCCUGGACCUUCUAGAAGUGCACUUCCACCAAGCAAGUCUCCCCAGAGGCAGACAAGUACUGACAGCCCAAGAGCCACGGUGCCGUCAGGUCUGCCUGACCAUCCUGUAACACCAGGUUCUGGAUGGUUUCAGAGCGGAUCAGCUUCAGUUUCAAGAUCAAAUAGUUCAAGUGAUACUGAUAUGAGAGUCCAUCCUUCCAGAGGAACAUUACCAAGGCACAUAGCACCACCACAAGAAUCAUCAUCAUCCAUAUCACAACCAUCUCCAUUUCAGCCACCUCGCCCGGCUCAUCCUUCCCCUGCUUCUGUAAUUGCUCAGAGAUCUACAAAUAGACCACCCGAGGACUUGCCUGAUAAAGAUGCACGUAACUACAUAGGGGGUAGGUUUGAUAGUGUUCGUUUAAGAAUUGCCCAUGCUGGUGGUGAACUCAUCAAACCAGGUCAACAAGGUGUUGCUGCCAGCCAGAUGGAAAAGUAUAAGAUCAAAAAACAAGCAGCAAGUGUAUCAGAAAUUAAGUCAUCAUCAUCACUAAGUUCUUCAUCUUCAAAACUAGAUGUGGGAAACAAAAGUAAGGAAUCUGUAUCAGUGCUUGACCUCUUACUUCCAGAGACAAGUGAAACUAAAGCGGAAGAAAGUCCAUCAAAUCGGGAUCCUCAUCAAGUCGGCCAACUCCCAAGAGAUCCAAGAUUAAAACCCCCCGAUGUGCCGGAAAGUGACACUUUGAGUGGUACAGUACAUGCUCGAGAUCCAAGAUUACCAGUUAGUGCAGGCCCUUCACGAGAUCCUCGCCAUCAGACUAAUCGUGAUCCAAGAAAAGAUGGCAGUAAAUUCCCUGCUGGAUUACAUAGAGAAGAUCUCCCUAGACAUUAUGGAACUCCUGGCUCCAUAAGUAGAGACCCAAGACAAGACUUGGCGAAAGUUACCCAUGUAACAACUCCGAUCAGAGACCCAAGGCAUGAACGUAUCCCAUCAAGAGGAGUCAGAGACAUCAGGCAAGAAACUGGAGGAUUUCCUCCCAUGGCAGGCAGUCAACCCAGAGACCCAAGAAUGGUCUCAAGAGGGGACAGACCUAAUUCUGUUUGGCCACAGCAUCAGCCACCCCCAGUUCCAGCUACGAGUUAUGGGAUGCAGGCACCUCCUGUUAUUGCUGAUAACCCUCCAUCUCAGUCUGCUAGUGGACCUUUGAUUGGGCAAACUUUUACUUGCCUAAUGAUGAGAGGACUGCCCGCAUUCACAAAUUCAAAUCACAUAUAUCUCUUUUUUCAAGAAUACAUUUUACGUGAUAUUUCAAUAGAACUGGACAAUCACCUCCAGUGUAAGGGUACCGCUUACGUACACUUUCCCAGCCACCAGAGUGCUCGUGAAGCUCUGGAACUCAUGAAUGGACACUUUUUACAAGGUUCUCCAAUCACGCUUAGAAUAUGUACUGUGGGCAUACUACGCCAAGCCAAAAAUGCAUAUGAAAAUUUAAAUAGAGAAAGAGAAGCUCGUCUUGGCAUUCCAGAGCGACCUAGAGGAAAUGGCAAUCCAUUUUUCAAACCUCGAUCUAAAGAGCCUCAAAGUAAACCACCAGUACCCAAACCCAGUACUGGCAUGUCUGAAAAAGCCAGUGAUGCACCAGAGUCAGCAGGUAAUAAGACACAAGGAUCAGGGGAAGGAAGUGAUGUUGGAAGCACUGGUCAGUACUCUGAUUUGUGUGGAAUUAAAGUUCCACCAAAAUCAACAACUGGUUUCAAGAUCCCAAAGAUAAGAAAGGAUGAACCUAAGCAGAAAGAAACCAGUAAGGAAGAGGGUACAAACAAACCAGAAACUCAGGGAAAGGUAGCCAGAAGUAAUGCUGCAAAAGCAUCAUCAAAAGACUCUUCAGAAUCAGAAGAUGAAGUACAGAAUAUAAAAGCAGCAAACACAAAGACCAGGAAGUUUAAAAAGAUAGUGAUUUUAUCGGACUCAGAGUCAGACAGUGAUGAAAUUAAGAAGUCUGGAAACAAAGGGAAGAAGAAAUCUAUACAAACUUCUUCAGUCAGCACAAAGACUGAAAACAAGAACAUUAGUAGGAAGGAAGCUAGUGCCGCUUAUGAUGGUGGUGAAAAGGAUGAUGAUGGGGAUGAUGAAGAUGAGGAAGAUGAUGAUGAUGAUGAUGAUGAUGAAGGCUAUAUGGUAAUAGAUGAAACUAUCUUAUCAGAUAAUGAAGAAUCAGAAGUAAGUUCUCAAAUGUCAGAAGAGCCGUCUGAUUUAAGUUCAGGUUCUAAAGACAGGAAGAAAACUAAAACAAAAACCAAGAAGACCAGUGGAAAACAAAAACUAAGCAAGAAAUCAGGCUCAUAUAAAGGUAAAAAGAAAUUGCAAAGUAAUUCUGCAUCAGGAAAGAAGGGACGGGGAAAGAAAAAUGCAGAUAAAUACUUGCAUGACAAUUCAUAUAAACCAGAUUUGUCAUUAAACUCUUCAGUUGGACUGAAACUAACCAGACAUACUCAGGGAGAGUUAGAAGAGCUGAUACCUGAAGAGAAAAAACUCAAAGUGUUAAUUCCAGUUCCUCUUAAAAUUGUGACAACAAUAUGUGAGGAUGAGAAAUUUAAAAAGAAAGGUGGAAGACAAAAGGUUACUGAAAAAGUGGUACAACCUAUUGAUAGUCCAAAAACACAAAUAAUAGUGACCUUGAAAGAAACUCCACAGCCUUUACCAGUAGAAAAAAUUGUAAAACCAGAUUUGCAAGUGAAACCUACAGAUAAUUUAAUUUUGCCAGUUGAUGGUUAUUGGGAAUAUACUGCAAGAUAUGGCCCAGUUGGUGGCAUGUUUCUGCCAGAGAAUACACACCUUAUGGUUGCUUUGAAAAAAGAGGUAUCUGUUGGUACACCAACUUCAAGAAAAGGUAAGAAGAGGCAACUCUCAUAUUCAGCUUCCAAGAAUCCAUCAAAGAAACCAAGAUCUGACAUUUCUUCAAGCUUAUUUAGAGACAAGAAAAAUGGCACCACAGGCACCAACAGGAGUGAAGGUGCACAUGGAACUUCUAAAGAAAACACCAGUGAACCUUGCAGUGGAGUGGAGAAGCGAAGUCUCCCAAUGCCUUCCAAAGGAAGUGACAAUAAAAGGUUGUGCUUGGAAAAACAAAAUACUAAGAGUGAAGGAACCUCACAACCUAUUGAUCUCUUUGAGACUACCAUGCUAUCUGAUGAUCCUGACCUCAUGCAGAUCACUCCAACUCUCUUUGAUGUCGAUGAAACCAUAACCAGUGCACUGCCAAAUGCUUCUGCCUUGGCAAGCGUAUUAAGCCCUCUUCAUGUAAGUCAUGCAGUGACUGAAAACAUGAACCAUAAAGAGGGGGCAGAUAGCAUAUGGACACCAGGCAAGCAUCCAUGUGGGGAUGAGAAACUGCCAUUUGAUGUAACAAAACAGUCACAUUCCAGAAAUGUAAUAGAAAAUGACACUGUAUUAGAGGAGAUGAUAAGUAUUGCCAUGAAAACUGCUGAUGCAGAAGAUAAAUUGGGUACUGAAAAUAAAGACCAAGAAAUGAGUUUUGUAGACAUAGGUGCUGUCCAAGUAAAAGAAGAAUUAAAGGAAAGUGUUUCAGGUUGUGAGUCAAAUCAGUCCAGUGACAGAAAUCUAGAAAAGGGUUCUGAAGUAAAUGUGGACCAUAAGAGAAAUGUUUCUGAAAAUGAAGUGACCAAUAUUAAAAAGGAAUACAAAGAAGAGCAAGCAGCAAGUAGCACUUCUGAUAGUCAUAAGCAGGCAGAAGCAUUCAACACACAAAGUGAAGUGUUAAAAAAUGUAGGUGUUCAGAUGAAAACAGAUAAUUCUGAUAAGGUUUUGAAAUCAGACAAUGAUUGUGGGAUUACCUCUGUUGAGAAAACUUCAGAAGAUGCUAAAGCAGUUAAUGAGGGACUUUCUUGGAGGAGAAAAUCAUCUGAUGAAUUAUUUAAAAUAAAAUCUGAAGAAGCUAUAGGAAGUGAGACUAGAAAAGAAGAGGAAUCACUAGAACUCUCCAAAAAACAUGAGUCAGAUGCCGUAAUCAAGCUGGAUAAAGACAGUGGGAGUGGCACUGGUACUCAUGAAGACACUGAUGAUGCAGAUGAUGUAGCAAGUGUUGGGAGAGUGAGCACCAGCAGCUUUGUUGAUGAUGCCUCUGUCAUCUCUAGUGAAGGUCGUGAUGUCAAGACUCCUGAAUCUCAGCCCCCUAAAAGAGGGAGAAAGGGCAAAAAUUUAACGGGUUUGCCCUCAGUGGAAUGUCGUAGAGUUACUCGAGGUUCGGUAGUGGAACCUCUGACAGCCGAACAUGUCGAGUGGGAUGAUGGUGGCAUUGUGGACUUGUUUCAGUGUGAUCAGUGCGACUAUUUUGGUCGUCAUAUUGCCCACCAUUUGGUCAAUUUUCAUACUGAUAGAGAAUUACCUUGUGAAUUCAAGAAGGAAGACUUCCCACCUGUCAUUAAAGACUAUGUGGGACCACCACAAGAAGGUAUUAAGGAAAUUGUACCCUUAGAUUUGAGCUGGAUUCCUAAUGCUAUGAACUUUGAUGAAAAUAUUACUUGUAAAGAAUGUGAUUAUUGCUCUAGAAACAGAUUUGAUUUGAUUUAUCAUUAUAUAGAGCAUUUUCCUAAGGCAGGAAUUUGCAGUGUGUAUCAUUGCCGACUUUGUAAUUACAUGUCUGAGAAGAAGGAGAGCUUUUACAAUCACGUCUCAAGUCACACAGGAGAGUACCGCUUCAGGUGUGAGCUGUGUGGCCAUAAGACAUACAAGAGGGAGCUUCUUGAGUCCCACCACAAGGAAAGUCACAUAACUCGGCCUCAAAACUUCUUUGAGGCUCCAGUGAUAGAAGAGGAUGACUGGCUGUAUAUAUAUGUCUGCAAAAUUUGUAUGUUUGUUAGAAUCAGUUUACAAGAAGCAGAAAAUCAUGUUCAGCAAAAGCAUGGUGGAAAGGCAGAUAUCCAUAAAGCCAACAUGAGCAGGCCCAUUGUUUUGCAUUCUGAACUGAGAAAAUCUGGAAAUGAAUCAGACAGUACUCCUUUGUCACGACCAAAAUAUAAGAAGAAAUGUAAGAAGAGGAAAGGUAAGAAGCUCCCAGAUCUUGAUGUGUUUCUAGGAGAAGAGGAAGAAGAUGGAGAUGAGAUUGAAGAAAAAGCAAAACAGUUAGUUGAUAGGAUAUCUUCUAAUAUUCACACAAGUAUGUCAGUACAAGAAGCAAAUAAACGGAUGUCAUUACUGAAUUCCAUAAGUAAAAAGUUAGAUGAAGAAACUGAAGAGGAAAGCAUGGAAUUGGAGCCUGAGGCUGAAAGUCAAGUUAAAGAGGAGUCAUCUGUUGUUGCUUCAUCACAAACAUUGGCAGUUGAUAGCAAGCCAUCCACUGUCAGUGAAGAAACCAGCAAGGAUGAAGGUUCAGAAGAAAAAACAAAAAAUGAAGAAAUCAGCAAGGAUGGAGAUAAAGAAGAAAAAAAAGAUGAGACAGCUGUGAUAAGUGGAGGAAAAAUUAAUGACAGUGUUAGAAGAUUGAAAGAAGUAGAUAGUUUUUCCAUAGAAAGUGAUACUGAAUCUACUAUUAGUGCUGUUGAACCAGAAUCUUAUGAAGAUGAAGUUGUUAUCUCAGGGAAAGGCUCCCUCCAGGAUACAAUUAAAAGGCUUUCUGAGAAAUUAGAUUUGGGUGCCAAGGAACAAAAAACUGUACAGCGAGAAGAGGAAGCCAAAAAGACUAAGGAACAAAAAGAAAAGCAGGCAGUUGGCCAGAGUACAAACUCUGCUAGUACACAUGACAAUGAUAGUGAUUCAGAUACGUUAGUUAUUUGUGAGGAUGCUGAUUCAGACAAAGAAGGAGAAACAUCCAUAGACUUACUCCAAGCAGAACAGAGUUCAAAUCAGCCAGCAAUCAUUGCAGAAACAUCCAAGUUAUCAUUGCAAGAUUCCAUACAAUCCAUAUUGCGAGAAGCAUCUACAAAAGGCCAAAGUGGCUUUCCUGUGCCGAAGUUAAGAAUUCUCCCAGCACAUCAACUCAUUGACCCACAGUUUGCUCCUAAGGGACAAAAGCCAAAGGAUCAGGCACAACAACAACAGCAACAACAACAGCAACAACAACAACAACAACAACAACAACAACAACAACAACCACAACUGCAACUGAUAAAGAAAGGCGGUUUCACCAACAUAUUCAAAUGUUGUGUAGGCGGUUGCUUUUAUAGCAGCAGGAACAAUGUGGACCUGAUUCAACACAUCAUUCGCCACCAUGGACCAUAUAAAUGUAUUGCUUCUGGCUGUCGAUUUGUUACAAAAUCCAAGGAGUUGUACGAAAUACAUCAUCAGACAUUACAUUCAAAGUUAAGUUUCAUGGUUUGUGCAUUUCACUGUAGUAAGGUUUUUAUGGACUUCAAGGAGUACAUUGACCAUCUGACAGAGUGCCACUCAAGGCAAUUCCAGGAUGAGGAACAGUCAGAUGAAGAAUCUGAAAGCCCAGGCUUCUUGAAAAUUGAAAGUGUGAGCACCUUAGAUCCUGCAGCAGCCUCCCAAAUGUUUGGUGAUGACUAUGCAAAUAUUUCAUCAAGUCCCACCCAAGGCCAGUCACCACCAAAGCCGGCUAUAAGCACCUUUCAGAAAAUAGCACCAAAGCCACCAAAGUCACCUAUUGCUGUUUCAUCUGGCACCAGUUUAAUCACCACUACUAUAAGCCCUGGGUCAUCAGAAAGAAUCAUCACGGCCAUGAGUGCAGGUCCAUUGCACAUCAAGCUAUCCCCAAGCCGUUCACUAUUUGGCGUCAUCCCCGUCUCUACUACUCCACCAGGAACUACAGCAGUUGUUUCAUAUUCUUCUACCUCAUCCGCCAAUAGUCAGCAAAGUGAGGAAGCUACAACCAUUUCCUCAUCUACGUUAGAGAAGGGUGGUCAGCCAGCGUGUGUGACUAUUGAUGAGGAGGAGGGUCAUGAACAGAAGGCAUCAUCACCACCACCAGGAAUUGCCUCGCUACCCAAGACCCCACCAACUGUUCCAAUUCAGUUCAUGUUCCAAUUGUAUCAAACAGCAGAUGUUUUCAAGACAUUAAUAACAAAACUUGCUCCUGAAGUAUUCAAAUGCAUGUACAAUGGUUGCAUUUUUGCUGAAGAUGAUCCUGACACAUUCACAAAUCAUAUUAGAGAACAUGGACGUGGAUACAGAUGCUGCUACUGUCUGGUAUUGAUGGCAACUCCUGAGUACUUAGUGCAGCAUGUUAUCAGAGAACACAGUCACUGUCAGUUCCAGUGCAGAUAUUGCCUUUACCGAGCCUUCACCAAGAUUUACAUGGGAGUGCACCUGAAAAACUUUCACCCAAAUGAAGAACCUCGUUAUAUAAAGGUUGAGACAAUUCAGCCUAAUCCUCCUGCAAACCCUCCAAUUGACCAGUUUGUGAGGCCUUACAGGUGUACUUACCAAGACUGCCAGUACAGAACUGUGGAUGCUGAAGCUUUCAAGAGUCAUGUCAACAAUCAUGGGCCCUUUGUCAUCUUGAGCUGUGACUUCUGCCACAAGCAUCUUCAUGUCAUUCCUCUCAUUGAUCACAUGCGUGAACAUCAGAUGAAUGAGUAUCAGUGCCCCUACUGCCUGCAUGGAGAUGCUGAAAAAGAGAGGCUCCUAAGUCACCUUCUGAACUGCCACUCUGGACGUCCAGGAAAAGUACUUUUGCGUAAGCAGAUCACUUCAACCAUCAGUAGUACUGCUGCUCCUUGUACUGACAUCUCAUCAUCCCAAUCUGAGCCACCUCCUCCACCUCCUGUUACCACGACUCAGAAUGACUCAAAUUCUGAAGUUACGAAUACUCAGGCUUCGGAAUCAUUGGUCAAACCUAAAGAGGAGGAAACCAAAUCUAUUCCACAGUCAUCUGUUAAGGAACUACAGAAGAUUCGAAAGAGAUCAUCAAGGAGCUCCAGUUCUGAGGCAGAUGGUACUAAAGGAAAUGAAGAUGGCAGCUCCUCAAAUCUGAGUACUACUGGAGAUGACAGUUUCCUUCAGGCAGCAGAGAAGACAGGUCUUAGUGGUCAUGCUCUUUACCAUUGUGGAAACGAUGGCUGUGAGUACUCAAGCUUAUCACAAAUCCAACUCAGGGAACACCUACAGGUUUGUGAUCUGGCUCAAGAUUCAACUGUUCUCAGGUGCUACCAUUGUGGAAAGCAGUGCCGUCACCUGAGCACCCUACUAGAUCACCUUCGAGUGCAUGGGCCCAAGCGGUAUUGGUGUGGAGUAACAGGAUGUGACUAUCGAGCUACUAUGGUGCAUUACUUUAAGAACCAUAUGAAGCAGAUCCACCGAUGUUCAGGAUUCAAACAACUUCUAAAGGACUCAAAGAAUAAAGAUCCUGAGAACCAAGAAUAUGUAGUGUACCCCAAAGAUGCCAUUCCAGCAGCAAGAGAAGGGCAUAGAAAGAGAAAGAAUGAAUACGGGGUAGAGGAUCUUCACCGUAUUCCACGUGCUCAUGUCUCGUACCAAGAGCUGAAGUGUUACCAUUGCACGUUUGUAUCAAAAGUUCGUUUGAAUUUAAUCAAGCACAUCAAGCUUCAUGAGAAGUAUCCUGAUGGAAUUCCACAAAGGCUUAACAUUGUAAAUGGAUCAACUUGUUCAAUACCAUACAAGCAGCCUGUGAAUCCUGUGCCUUGCCUGGAACGAAAGGAGCUCAUGUUUGAUAAGAUGAUGAAUUUAGCGGGCAGCAGCUUUGAAACAAAAAAGAAAAAGGAAGACAGUGACCUAAGAGCAAAGAAUCCAAUACCACCAGACGAGUAUCAGCGACUUCCUAAAUAUGUCCCAGAAGAAAGACUGUACAUGUGUGGGAUUGAAGGAUGUAACUAUUUGUCGUGCGAUGACAUGAUGUUGAAGUAUCACAUUCGGACGCUUCAUGCUGAUGCCACCACCUUCCCUUGUCCUCAUUGUGUCAGUCUGUCUAUCACUGUGGAAAAGAUGAGUUCUCACUUCAAACUUCAUGGAGAAAGGCUCUACAGGUGUGGCUGGUGUCCUUACAUCUCUUCACGCCGGAACGUGGUUGAGAGGCACAUGAAGGAGAAGCAUAACUCCAAAAAGCCUUUUGAUUAUGUUAUAAGAGAACCAGAAGAUCCUGAAUCCUCCUCAAAAAAAUCUGAAGACAAGCCAGUUGAGGAACCUAUUGGGAAUAUCCCUCAACCAGCACUUCAGGAAGCACAGUGGCAAUGUGGACUGUGCAAGUUUAGUUCUGUGACGCAGCAAGAGAUGCUCAACCAUACGAGCUUGAAACAUUCUAUCAGGAGUCAGUUCAAAUGUGGAUAUUGCAGUGUCAGAUCUUCAGUCAGAUCAAGUUUUGAUGCUCACUUUGCUGCCAAACAUCCAACUCAGCAGUUUCGGGUACUUUGUAUGUAUUAUCGUUUAGACUCAGAAGACAUUGAGCCUCUAAAUCACGGAGAUGCACAGCACAUGCACGAGCCGCUCUGGAAGCGCAAUGAUCCUGAACGCAUCCGUCACAUUCGGGGAAUCUUAAUUGAUGAUGACCCAGAAACUAAAAAGAAUUGGUUCAAACAGAUGGGCACAGGGAAACCUGACAAGGGGGAGUUUGUGUGCCCAAAGUGUGGAUCGUUCAGAACCACUUGUGUGUCCACCUUCCGCUCUCACCUGUGCCGGGAAGCAUCUUAUGACAGGUAUCAGUGUGUAGAGUGUGGGCUAAAUAAUGCCCUCUUGCCCAGUUUGCAGCGCCAUUACACCAAGAUGCAUCAUGCACCAUUUACCUCAGAGUGUUACCUUGAACUGCCUGUUGAAGAAGAAAAGGAAGGCUGGGUUGAACAGGUCAUUAACCAUCAGAAGAAUCUUAUAAAGAAAUGGCAAGAGAAGGGUGACACAGAUCCAUCAUUUGAGUCUCCAUCCCAAACUGGACAAUAUCAGACGUCCCCAGGAAAAUCAGCCAUUUCAUCAAGACGGUCUUCAAGUGCCAGCUCUCAUUCCUUGUCAAGUGAGGCAGCUCAGGAGCAAGGUGGAAUUGUUCUGCAUGACUCUGGCAGUGAGCGUGGUCGUUUCAUCUGUGAUACAUGUGGGUCUGAGUGCCGCUCAGCUGCUGGACUCAAAAGCCAUACGACAGCCAUGCAUCAAGCCAGGUUCAAAUGUCAUUACUGUCCAUUUGCGAGCAACAGUGAAGAUGCAGUGAAGCAACACAGUAUUGCCAAGCAUCCCAAGCUACAGAGUGAGGUGUUGGACGUAUCACAACGAGUCAAAGUUCAGAGAGAUAGUGUCUCUGAAGAAAGCAAAAUCCUAGAAAAAAGUAGAGAGAAUCAAAAGCAGGAAGGCAUUGCUUUACCUACUGUGGAAAGUUCCCUCACUACAACUUUAGAAUCAAGUGGUGUGAAUCUUCAGUGUUUAGAAGACAUGAGUGAAGAAACAUGCGAAGGAGAGGUUGCUUUAGAAAUAGAUCCUUUAGAAGAUUCACAAUCUUCAGUGGUAAAGACUUAUAGUUGUAAAUUUUGUCCAUUUACUACAACUACUCCUUCAGGUUUGAAUCAUCACAAGCGCACUAAGCACAAAGAGACACGUUUGUUCAUGUGUAUGUACUGCAAAGGACGAUUCAACAGCAAUGUAGAUGCCUUACGUCAUCAUAAGUGGAAGCAUUUGUCACAGAAACCGAACAUUGUUCACAUGGUGUAUAGCAAAACAGAAGAAGGUCUUGUGAAGGAACAAACUGAUGUCAGUUACUCUGAAGGCAGUGAAGUAAUAUUACCCUCCAAAGGUAGACCAGCAGCAAAAUUAGCAUUAGACACUAAACCUGGUAAAGCCAAAGCUAAGAAAUCUUUCACAAAAUCAUCAUUCGUCCCUAGUGAAUUAUCAAAGAAUUUGCAACCACCCACAUCUAGUAAUGCAGGCUCUGAGCCCACUUACACCUGCUGUCAUUGUAAUCAACAGUCAACCAAAGUUGGUAUGGAGGAGCAUAUGAAGAAACAGCAUAGGGAUCUUCCUUACCAAGUGAGAAGAGAAGAAAAAGACAGAGUGUUCACAGAAGUUCACAUUUACAAAUGCAUACAUUGUGUUAUUGAAAGCAUAUCACUUGCACAGGCUAUGGAUCACUGGAUUCAAAAUCAUCCUCUGUUAGAUUUUAAAUUUGAUUUGGUAUUAAGACACUCAGGAGAAGUUUCUAACCAGGUUGUCACCAGCACAACACUAGACAAAGAUUUAACUCAAGAUGUGACAGAUGGUGAGAGCAAUGUUUGUACAAGUGACAUGGAUGCUGAGGAAGAUGCUGGCGUUACGUCAUCUGUUGCCUCGUGUUCUGACAUCACAAGUAGCUCAGAGAGCUCCAAAGUAGUGCCAUCAAGACAAAGAGAAGGCCUAAAGGAUACAUCAUCAACAAGGAGAAGUUUAGAUACUGAAGAAGAGGAAAUAAUGGACAUCUCUGAAUUAAUAGGAAAGGAAUCUGAAGUACAGCCAGGUGCAGGAGGUGAAACUGAAGACAUGAUCUACAAAUGUGGGUUAUGUAAAAAGAGCAGUGACAAGCUUCAGGAACUGAAGGCGCAUGUAAACAAGAUACACCCAGAGAGGGAUGUAAAGAUCAAGAAACUACCUCGUGGGGUGUUUGAGCAACUGUAUCGUGCUGAGUACAAGUGCAGCUACUGUAAUGAAAAAGGACGUCACAAACCCAUAACAAGACAUCACAAGUCAGCCCAUCCUGGUCUUCCCAUGAAGGUUUCGCGCCUGCCUCAGCCUCCACGGGAAAAUGUCUAUUUCCGAUGUGAUGUGUGUGGCCACGUUGUUAAGAACCUACAGUCAGUGCGCCACCACCUCCGUCGUCACCAUCCUGACUCAGAUGAGUUUACCUUCUCCAAAUUAACAUUAGGAUCUCCCAUGCGACCUCCAGUCAAACAGCCAUAUAAGUGCAAUUAUUGUGGUGAUGUUGGUGAAACUCUUGAAGAAAUGCACACUCACCAUGCCUUCUUGCACUCCCACCUUGAAUGUAACAUUACUAAUCUAAUGGAUGAGGCCUUGUCAUCUUUGCAUAGCCCAUCCACCAGUCACUCAGUAGCAGAGACUAAAAUUUCUUCUUCUGUUGCAUUGCCUGUAAGUAAUAAAAACAGUCCUAGUGUACCAAGUGGAGUAAGUGAAGUGAGCAAACAAACUGAAAUUGUACCAGAAGAAAUGUUACCUAGGGAAAUUCCAGUUAAUGAUGGUCCUAGUGUUUCAGUUUGUAAGAAUACUGCAAGAAAGUCAAUGCCAACUUUUGCAAAACGUGCUGUGGCCAUGAAGUCCACUUCAAAGCCACAGAUGGUUGCAGAAAUUGAUGAAAAUGCAGAGCUUAGUGCAUACCAAGUUACACAGCAUCCUUUGGAACUAGAAAAUGUGUAUGCCUUUGUAAACCUGGGUACAGACGUUCCAAUGAGACUAACUGUACACCAACUUGGAAAGCUGAUCAAUUUAGAGCCACAAGUUGUAGUGAGUGAUGUCUUAAACAAAAAGGAAAAUUGAUAGUGGAAGUGAAAUGUUUGCAGCAAAGUGUUUGUACUUACAAUAUGUUGGUCAGUGAACUGGGCUGUGCUCUAAAUCAUAUAGAAUGAGCAUAAUGCCCUAAAUAGGUAUCUUCAUGUACAGUUACAAGUAACCAAAUAUAUGUUAAGAUUUGGGUGGGAUUUUGUAACUUAUGAUGGUAUUUUAGUAAAUGGUGUACAACCAUGUUAUUGAUACAAAACAACAAGUUCUGCCUUGUAUGAAUAUUGAAAUUUUGUAUGCUAGAAAUCUCAUUUCACACAAUUCACUGUAAAUAUUAAAGAUGAAAUAUUUUCAUCAUUUACAUUUGUGUCCAUUGAGGAGAUUAAGAACUGGUGCUGAAACAAUAAGAUCUAUUUAAGUUUUUGGUAGCUUUACUAUUUUCAUUUGAACUGUUAUAACUCUAAAUUCUCUUUUGUAAUGCUGCUAUAAGCAUUCCUGAAAUGUACAUCCCUGUUUUGUUUCAGCUAAUCAGAAUAACAAUCCAUCAACAAACCACAUUUCAUAUGAAAACAAAGUGCAGUUAUUAAAAGUACUAUGAUU